UUCUCCCUUUAUUUCUCUCCUCUCUGUACUCCUCCCUCCGCCUCCAUCAUGGCUCCGCCGGGCCGGUUCUCCGGGUCCCGCUGCCUGCUGGUCCUGUUGGUCCUGCUGGUUCUCCCCGCCGCCGUCCGGACCUCGUUCCCCCGCAGCGGAUCGGACUGCGGCCCCGGGAAGGCCGCCGACUGUCCAGAUCUGUCAGAGAAGAAGAGCGACCUGCGAGUGUGUGACGCCGGGACGUGUCGCUUCGGAGGAACCUGCCGCGAGAACGGAGCCGACAUCAAGUGUGUCUGCCAGUUCCACUGUCAUAAGAAGUACGUCCCCGUCUGCGGCUCCAACGGAGACACGUACCAGAACGAGUGUUUCCUGCGGAGAGCCGCCUGCAAGAAACAGAGAGCCAUCGCCAUCAUGACGGAGGGGCCCUGUUACCACGAUGGCGCCUCAGGAUCUGGAGAUGGAGAUGAUGAGGGCUCUGGUCGCGGUAAAAAGGCCUCGAAAUGUGGAAACUGCAAGUUUGGAG